GGCCCUGACUCCCAGCAGUAACAUGGGCCUAGCCGUUGAGCUAAACGACCGGUCUGUGACCGACGGCUCCAUACGACUCCCGGUGCUUCUGUGUCGGAGCCUUUUUUCGGGCCUUACGGCGACCCAUGGGUCGGGCUCGGACAUUGUGGUACGAAUGGUGGACGAUACCGAUGGGCAGGUGUUCCAGACGCACCUGCAUGGCUACGCAAACCAGCGCGCCUACGUGACAUGGGUGCUGAAGCGCUUAAGGGGCGUGAUCAACAAGCAUGCGGGGCGCUCAGGCAGCAGGUUACACAUGUGGAGGGUUGAGGGUGACGCCGCAGACAUGGUGCACUUCCGGCUGGACCCUGCUCCGCAAGCUGGGAGUGACGGCGGUGGCGGUGUUGUAGGGGGAGCGGCAGCAGCAGCAGCGGCGGUGCCGGCAGCGGCGGCGGCGCCGCCGGUAACAGCGGCGCCGGCAGCAGCAGCAGCGCCGGCAGCUGCCACUGGAGACGGGGCUGCCGCUGCUGCUGCCGCUGGUGGGCCUUCCGGCUCCGCUCCUGCGGCCCGCAAGCGUACCGCUGGGGACGCUGACGGCUCAAACGGCGGCGACGCGGAGGCGCGGCCAAGCAAGCGGCAGGGUAUACUACCGGCAGCUAGUCAACCGGCUGCUGCUGCUGUCGCUGCUGGCACCGCUGGCGCCAGCGGAAAGUCGCCUCGUCGCACGGUGGCGCCGUCGGUCGCAGUCGCGGUGGCAUCGGCGGUCGCAGCUGCGGCGAUGCCGGCCGGGCCUGCUCCCUCCAUCACCCACCUGCACGGCUGCGUGCCCCCGGGGAAUCACGGCAGCUCCGGUCUGCCGCCGCUUCGAGCCGGGGAGAUGCGACUGUGCGGACUGACCUUCCACCCGGACAUCGCACCUGCAGUACGACGCCUCAUGGCACAAUGGGAGCAGGCCCUGGGCGACCGGUUGGCCCAUGCAGAUCCCGCUGCCGUACAGAUCCGCCUACCGGAUGCCGUACCAUCCUCUGCUGCAGCAGUAUCAACGGCUCCGUCACCAGCGCCCUGGCGCGUCACCUUUGAUCGCUACCGACUGAGUGCCAACAUCGUUUGCUCGCGUCUGGCUCGCUACCUAGGCCUCCUGACGGCUGACCGGGAAUGGGACGCCGAGCUGCCGUCAGAGCGGCUGGAGCUGGUGGAGGGAGUGGAGCCGGUGGGGGACAUGGAGCGCGGCGGUGCGGGGCUGGCAGCCUUUGUGCCCCUGCGGCGGAACGAUGUGAUUGGUGUGGUGGGCGGUUACGUCAUGACGGCGGCGGCGGGCCAGCACUUCGCGUCGCGGGGGUUCCGGGAGUGUCGUGGAGCGCUGGUUUCGGAGCUUGGGGGCCGGGCGGCGCCGGCUGAGCUAAUGGUGGCGUGGCAGUUUGUGGCCGGGGCCUUUAGGAUGCCGUACCCGGAACUGGAGCUGACGCCGGAGGGAGCGGCGGGUCCCACCGCGCUAGAAAUCAACAUGCUGGGGUACGGCAACUUCGCGGCCCUCAUAAACGACCCACGGGUCCAGCCGCGCGCUUGGGAGGAGGGCAACGACGUGGACUCAGCGCCCGAGCCAAACUGCAUGGUGGUGCCUGUGUCAGUCCGCGGACUGGUGCUGCCGGUGUUGGUGGCCACCCGCGACAUCGCUCCCGGGGAGCAACUGUUUCGGGACUACGGAGCCGACUGGUGGCGGCAGCUAGGCCGGCCCUGGGAGAACCUGGACUUUGACGGGGUGCCGGCGGAUCGGCUGCUGCACCCAUCGGGGCAGCUAUCGGGAGACGAAGACGAACCGCCAGCACCGCUGUUGAGUGAGGAGCAGAUGCAGUACGGUUUGGCUGCUGCUGGUAUGGAGGGCAACACAGUAGCGGGGGA